GUUUGACAAGAAACCAAUAUACAAGUCUCCCGCAAAUAAGUAUCAAAAUUUCACAAACACCUAUGUAUACAACAUUAUGAUUAAGACAGGAAAUGGUACUCCUAACCGUGCUGAUACUUAUCAUGAAGCUACACAAGAAUAG